UUGCUAAGAAAGUUUCUCUCACUUUGGCAAUCUCAUUUUGUGGCUAAAAAUUCAGCCUUUCUUCUUCACUUCUUCUGCUGACAUUUCUCGUGACCCCCCUGGACAUCAAACAUGAAGGGCGCAAGGAGGGAAGAGAGGAGGGCGGAGAAGGGCAGAGAACAAGAGAAAGUGACGACCAAAACUGUGAAACAGACCCACGCAGCCCCAUUGGUUGGGACUACCUUGGUGGCCCCCACCUGCGGAUCUCCUGCUAACACCUAUUCCGCCAUCUUGAGCCGCAACGAAGCUGUGAAAGACGCCAAACGGCUAAAGAACUUCCUGGAGCUCAGAGACAAGUACGUCCAGAAGAAGGUGGUGUUUGAGGACCCCCUGUUCCCUGCUAACAACUCCUCACUAUUCUACAGCUGCCCGCCUCCAAUUAAAAUUGUGUGGAAACGGCCAUCAGAGAUCUGUGAAAAUCCCCAGUUCAUCAUUGGCGGAGCAGACCGAACUGACAUCUGCCAAGGAGACCUUGGUGACUGCUGGCUUCUUGCAGCCAUUGCUUGCUUGACGCUGAAUGAAAAACUGCUGUAUAAGGUCAUCCCACCAGACCAGAGCUUUACCAAAAACUAUGCUGGGAUCUUCCACUUCCAGUUCUGGCGUUAUGGGGAAUGGGUUGACGUCGUGGUGGACGACCGCAUCCCAACGUGCAACAACCAGCUGGUCUUCACAAGUUCUGGGAAGAAGAAUGAGUUCUGGAGCGCUCUCCUGGAGAAGGCGUAUGCCAAGCUCCACGGCUCCUAUGAGGCUCUGAAGGGAGGUAAUGCUCUGGAGGCCAUGGAGGACUUCACCGGAGGCGUAACGGAGUUCUUCGAGGUCCAGGAGGCGCCCAAGGAGUUGUUCACAAUCAUGAGGAAGGCCCUGGAAAGAGGAUCCCUCAUGGGAUGCUCCAUAGAUCAAGUCGUCGCAAGAGAACAGACGUGCAAAACCUCCAGUGGCUUAGUGAAAGGACAUGCCUACUCCAUCACCGCUGUUGAAGAGGGGCCCCAGAAGGUCUUGAAGGACACCCGGAUUCGUCUGGUGCGCCUGCGUGACCCCUGGGGCAUGGAUGCCUCCCCGACGUGCAUGUCCAAGGACUGGACAACCCUCGCCCAGUCCGACCAGGACAAGAAGAGGCUGGAGCCGAUUGAGGAGGGCGAGUUUUGGAUGUCUUUCCAGAACUUCCAGAAGCAUUUCACCAAGCUGGAGAUCUGUAAUCUGACCCCUGACACCCUUCAGGAUGACAGCACCAGCAACUGGAAGGUGACUGUCAACGAGGGCCGUUGGGUAAAGGGCUGUUCGGCUGGGGGUUGCCGGAACUACCCAGACACAUUUUGGACGAAUCCUCAGUACCGCAUCUGUCUCCUGGAGGAGGACGACAACCCGGAUGAUGAGGAGAGGGGUUGCACUGUUGUCAUAGCCCUCAUGCAGAAGGGCCGGCGGAAAGCGCGCCACCUAGGGGCGGUCCUCCACACCGUCGGCUUCUUCGUCUACGAGGUGCCUACUUCUUAUAAACAGAGCUCACAGGGGCCUCUGCCCAAGGACUUCUUCCUGUACACCAGCUCGGUGGCUAAGAGCAAGUCCUAUGUCAACCUCCGGGAGGUGACUGAGCGUGUGCGGCUGAUGCCAGGCGAGUACGUCAUUGUGCCAUCGACCUUUGACCCUCACAAGGAGAGCGAGUUCAUUUUGAGGAUCUUCACAGAAAAGAAGAGCACAUCAGAGGUGAUUGAGGGAGAGAUUGAGGCUGAUGAACCCGAGGAAGACAUAAAGAAGAAGCUGAAGCCAGGCAUACCUGAGGAGGAGGAAGAGACUGAGGAGCAAAGGCAAUUCAGACUCAUUUACCAACAGAUUGCUGGCGAGGACAUGGAGAUUUGUGCCAAUGAGCUCAAAGGUGUCUUGAACAGGGUGGUGGCUAGACACGCUGAGCUGAAGACGGCACAGUUUACCUUGGAAAGCUGUAGGAGCAUGAUCGCACUGAUGGAUACAGACGGAAGUGGCAAACUCAACUUUCAGGAGUUCAAACACCUGUGGAACAAGAUCAAAGAUUGGCGGGUGAUCUUCAAACGCUACGAUCUGGAUAACUCUGGUACCAUCAAGAGCUUUGAGAUGAGGAAUGCUGUGGAGGAUGCAGGCUUCCACCUCAAUAACCAGCUCUAUAACAUCAUAACAAUGCGUUAUGCUGAUGAGAACAUGGAGCUGGACUUUGACAGUUACAUCUGCUGUCUGGUUCGGCUUGAGGGGAUGUUUCGGGCAUUUAAGGCCUUUGAUAAAGAUGGCGAGGGCAUGAUCAAGCUCAGUGUUCUUGAGUGGCUCCAACUGACAAUGUAUGCCUAGGCCAAGAGGAGUAACUCUACAUGGUGCUUUUUCACUAAUGGUGCUAAAUGGUCACUAAAGAACUGGACGUCCCUUCUAACCUCAAACAUGACCAAGAUGGAUGUGAGUAAGACCCAGUUGGGUCCCUGUCAUUGGAUAUUUGCACAGCGCCAUCACAGGAAGGAGACACAUCCAGGUGCCCUCUGGUCAUGUGUCUGUCAUGUAUGAAGCCACUUGAAGCAAGGACUGGAUGUUUUUUAAAAAGAUAACUUGUGGUUACUACGACAGCCCUCAAGCUGCUGUAUCUACUGUAUGUGUCAAUCAAUCUUGUUCAAACCUCCGACAUGGUCUGUUGACUUGAAAAUAGGUUGAUGAUUAGAGAUGGUAUAAUGUUGUACGCCUUUCAUUAUACACCUUCUAUUUUUAACUUUGCUAUGUGGUAAAGUUCGCUUAAAAUUAAUUAUGUAAAUAGAUCCUCAACUGACCUUAUUACAGCCGUAAUAAGGAGGUGCACCAAGUCGAGGACAGAAAGGCUGUGGUGAAAUAUCUCCUGUCCUGAACACCAGAGGGCGCUAUAGCAAUAUGAUUGGAUUUCUAUUUUGAUUAAGGUUCAAACAUGUACCUGUAGCACAUACCCAUAUCAGGUUGCCUCAAUUUGCCCAGUCAGUCCAUUAUUUUGGAUUCACCAACUCAGGAACAUAACAGAUUUGCAUCCAAAAGGAUAUCUUUAUUACGAAGAUAACAAUAAUUUGGUUCAGUUUUGAGUUAGAAUGCAAUACCUGUCAAUGUAAUCAAGAAAUGCUGUGAAACAACAAAAUGAAACUGUCAGUGCCUACUGCUCGAGAACCUACCUCGAGUCCCAAGGGGGCUAAUCUGAUGAGGCACUUUUAAGGCUGUAUACUUUUAAGUCCUUAUU